UGUGUUAAUGGAUAAUCGGUCAUCAAAUAAAGCAACUGCUCAUAGUUCGAUUCAGAUGCUCACAUCAGGUAUUUCUGCCUUUUUAUGUCGGGAAACCAGAGAUCAUGACUGUUAAAUCUGCCAUGUGGAUCCUGCUCUCCAUCUCCAUCCAUGGGAUUUCUCUGCAGGAGUACGACUUUGAGUAUGAAAUGUUACAAGACCCUCAGCCUCUGAACUGCUCAGUCUCAGAGAGCAUCAAAGGCGGGCACGUUACCUACUCACAGGGAGGUCUGGAGGGCAGCGUGCUGACCUAUCACUGUGGUUCUGGGAUGUACCCAUUCCCUGUCAUCUCCAGGACCUGCAAUGCUGAGGGGGAGUGGACAUCCAUGAGGCUAGCGAGUGGCAAACGUGUGUCCCAGGCCACGUGCAAGGAUAUAUUGUGUCCAGCUCAGCUUCAGCUGGACAACGGUGACUUCUGGCCUAGGAACCAGUGGUUCAGAGUCGGCAUGACACAGAGCUUCUCCUGCCAGGAGGGCUUCACCCUGUAUGGGUCAGAGCGAAGAAACUGCACUCAGUCUGGAGACUGGACUGGAGUCACUCCAGUCUGUGAUGACCAUGCUGAUGAUUGUAGUGACCCGGGUGUUCCACCUGGUGCCGAAAGGUCAGCGGGACGGUUUCAAAAAGGAGAGAAAGUGACUUACCGAUGCCAGUCUGGUCUGACUCUGCUGGGGUCAGCUGAAAGGGUUUGCCUGGAGAACAGGGAGUGGAGUGGCUCUGCACCACGAUGCCAGGGGUCGAAUACCUUUGAUUCCCCCAGUUUUGUAACUGCAGCCAUGGCGGGAUCCCUUGCAGGAGUGAUGGAUGUACUCUCUCCAGACUUCAAAAAGAAAAAUAGCAGUGCAUCUUUUGGCCGAUUCUUGCGAGUGGCUGAAUUUAGUCACAUGCAUGUCUACAUCUUACUGGACACAUCAGGAAGCAUCAAGGAGGCUGACUUUAAUAAGUCCAGGGAAGCCACCAUUGCCCUGAUCAGAAAGCUCGAUAGCUAUGACGUCCAGCUGAAUUUCCACGUGUUGUCGUUUGCCAGUGAAACACAGACUAUUGUAGACAUUCUUGACCUGGCCACUAGUGGGAAUGCUGAUGAGGUCAUAUUGGCCCUGAUGGAGUUUGACCACCAAAGCCAUGGGAGGAGGACAGGCACCAACCUCGACUCUGCACUGCAGAAUGUCCUAAGGGCAAUGAGCUUCUUAAAACAAAACAGUGAUCAUUCCAACGAGACCCAGAACAUCAUCAUCAUAGAGACAGAUGGUUAUUCCAACAGAGGGAGGAAGCCUCAGAUUGCUCUGGCCCAGAUCCGGAGCCUACUGGGAUACUUAAACAACACACUUCAGGAUCACACACACGAGACAAUGCUAGACAUCUAUGUAUUUGGUGUUGGAGACAAAGUGAACAGAGAAGAGCUGAAUUCUCUUGGCUCAAAAAAGAGUAACGAGAACCAUGUCUUCGUUCUGAAAGAAUUCACGACUCUGGGGGAGGUGUUCAACGACAUGAUAAGUGACAAAAGUGUGACAAUGUGUGGCGUCGCUCAGGAGGACAUCUCCAAAGAAGAAAUUAAACACGGAAAUAAAAAGCCGUAUACCAGGCCGUGGCACGUGACUCUGACAUCAAAUGAACGGGGAAAGUUCUGUUCUGGGUCAAUCGUCAGCCAGAACUGGGUGUUGACUGCGGCUCACUGCUUCACCAGACAGGGCAAAGACAAUAUCCUGAAGGAUCUGCAGCUGAGCAUAAAUCAUGGUGCAGGAGAAAGUAAGGGGGAAAAGGUGAUCAUCCACCAGAAGUACAACAUCUCAGCCCUCAAAGAGAGGAAUUUAACAGAGUUUUAUGACUAUGACCUGGCUCUUGUGAAGACUAAAGACAGCAUCCCUCUGUCCUGGCAAGCCAGACCCAUCUGCCUGCCUUGUACCAUAGCAGCCUCUCGAGCCAUGAAGAUGAUCAACUCCAGCUGUAGUCAACACAGAAACCAGCUUUUACCUCACAGCCAGACUCCUGCUUUUUUCAUCGAUAAGAAGGAAGAACGUAAACAAACUCACAUCCACACACAGAGUCAGAGGGACAGCUGUGUGGAGAAGGCCAGGUCUUUGCUGAAAGAGUCCACAGACGUGACAUUAGAGGAGUUUGUAACCGACCGGUUCCUCUGUUCUGGUGGUACCAAAGGAUACCAAGAUGAAAUCAGCUGUAAAGGCGACUCUGGGGGUUCCUUGGUCCUGGAGAAAAGAAAACGCUACUUUCAGGUGGGGGUGGUGAGCUGGGGUACUAUCCACGUGUGUGACCAGCACCUCCACAGCAGCAGCAAUCUCCCCCGUGACGCUCGAGACUUUCAUAUCGACCUCUUCAAAGUAAUGCCAUGGCUGAAAGAGCACCUGGGCAACGAGAUCCAUUUCCUGCCUGAGAACAACUGAGCAGGUCUAGGAUCAGCCUGCAUGGUUUAAGACUUAUUGAUGGACACCUGCUUUAAUGCAAAUAUUAAUAAAAAUGUAAAAUAAUGAUUUUACAUUGAAAUAAGCAAUUCCCUCCUGCAGCUCAAAUGACAUUUAAAUGAUAAAUGACCCGCACUUGUAUAGCACCUCUCAGAGUAAGGACUCCAAAGCGCUUUACACUACAUUGUAUCAUUCAUCCAUUCACACACACAUUCACACACUGAUGGUGAUGAGCUACAGUGUGGCCACAGCUGCCCUGGGGCACACUGACAGAGCCGUAAAGGUGCAGUCUGGAAUGUAUUUCUGGAGUGUUUUUGCCAUAUUAUUUGAAUGUUGUCAAAAAAAUUAUAUUUUGAUUCACCUUUGAAAUGUACAAUUCUGGAAAACCCUCUUCCAAUCCCCUGACACUAGUCAGUGACUUGAUGUAACCUGCUGGGUUCCUUAUAUAGGAAACUUUUUUCUGAUUGGCUUAAUGAACUGACCUGUACUGGAAUGUUUACUGUGUGAAGGUCCUUGAGACCACUCUUGUCGUGAUUUGGCGCUAUAUAAAUAAACUUGAAUUGACUUGAA